AUGGCUCCUGUUGCAGUUAUUCCGCCCGUGCCAGUUGGUCCGCCCGGCCAGCCUGAUAUUCAGUACCUGCCGGAUCCCAUCAAGUACGCUGCUCGCACAAAGCGACGCCAGCAGGAAGACCUUCCCCGGGCGCUGCCAGAGGGUUUUCCGCAGAGGCUCGACUCUGACCUCGCAUGGGAUGGAACCGAUCUGGCCCAGGUAUACGACUGGAACUACCAUCUCACUGAAGACGACCUGAAAGAAGUGGAGGGAGCUCUCCAGCACUUCAAGGGUCUAAAUCUACCCCUGGGGCUUGUCAACCAGGGAACAUUCCCCCUGCCAAAAUUACAUGAGACCCUCCGCUCCAUCUCAAAGGAGAUCCAUCUGGGUCGCGGGUUCAAGGUAAUCCGCGGCGUCCCUGUCGACCAGCACACCCGCGAAGAGAACAUUAUAAUCUACGCAGGAAUUACCUCGCACAUCGCAACACCAGCUGAUGUGGUCCUCGCCCACAUCACCGACCUCAGUCGCAAGGUCGACACAAAGACCAUCAAGGCCCCGGCAUAUACCACCGAGAAACAGGUCUUCCACACUGACGCAGGCGACGUUAUUACUUUAUUUGCCCUAGAAGAGGCAGAGAGCGGCGGCCAGAGCUACCUCUCUAGCAGCUGGCAUGUGUACAAUGAGUUGGCCCGCACCAGACCUGAUCUCAUCCACACCCUCUCUGAGCCGUGGGUUACCGACCAGGGAAAGGAGGCUAUCAGUCGUCCACUACUAUAUCAUCAACCCGAGGAUGGCGACUCUCCUGAGCGUUUGAUUAUCCAGUAUGCCCGUCGUAAUUUCACGGGGUACUGGGGGAAACCUCGCUCCGCGAACCUUCCGCCCAUCACUGAGGCCCAGGCAGAGGCUUUAGAUGCGCUGCACUACCUCGCGGAGAAAUCGGCAGUGUCGCUUGAUUUCCACAAGGGCGAUAUUCAGGUCGUUAAUAAUCUCUCGAUUUUCCACGCGCGGGCCGAGUUCACGGACUCUGAUGCGAAGCGCCGUCAUCUGGUUCGGCUGUGGCUCCGGGAUCCGGAGCUGGCUUGGAAGACGCCCGAUGGGUUGAAGUCGAGGUGGGAAUAUGUGUAUGACGGGGUUUCCGCUGAGAAUGCCAUCUUUCCUCUUGAUCCUUUUGUCAGAAGUCAGUGA